AAACCCUGGAAUUUGUUAGCCUUCCUUGUAUUUUGAAAUAAACUAUUUUUCCAAGUACUUUUAACAAUUAGUAAUGUUUGCACCGUAAAAUAUUUACUUCACAUUAUUUAAUGUGCCAAUUUAGAUUUUGUAAUGUGAGGCUGUGUUGCUGCAAGUUCUUGGUUGAGCAAAGGAAGUGACAAAGCGUCGAGUAAGUAGUAGUGGUAGUGGUUUGGCGGAAUUGUAGAUACGUAGGUAGUCAUUUGACAAAAUAUCAGUGCUGUGAGACUGGACUAAACUGGACUUGUGUAAAGUGCAUCCAAUGGAGUCGGAGCAUCAGCCGAAAUUGAAUCCAAUACGAGCUUUUCAAGCUCUUCAUGGAAACCCUGCAGACUGCGAGGAGACAUACACCAGUCUUUCGGAGUAUCACGACUAUGAGCCAAGCUUGGAAUUCGAUGACUCGGAGUUAAUCCAAACGGCGGGUUUGGCGCCUCUGCCCCCGGAGCUGUUGGACAUCCCGGAAGACUUCCUCGAGCAUUCCGCGAGCGACGGCACAAUAGAAGAGAAUUUUGAGGAGGAGCUUGCCAGGGCCCCAGAAGUUUAUGCAGAGAUAUCGGGUUCCUCUUUGGACGACGAGUGCUUCGCCGAGCUCAAUGGCACGGGGCUGAUCGACGUGGUCGGCGACGACGACAUCGGGCGGCGGAUCAUCGUGGUCUCCGCCUGCAGGCUGCCGCAAAGCAAGGACCCCGAUAUACUUCUGAAAUAUUUCAUGUUCACGCUUGACAAGUACGUGGAGCAGGACUACAGCGUUGUGUAUUUCCACUGCGGUCUGACUAGCAAGAACAAGCCUCCGCUGUCGUGGCUAUGGAGGGCAUACAAGGCCUUCGACAGGAAGUACAAGAAGAACCUGAAAGCGUUAUACUUGGUGCAUCCGACCAACUUCAUCAGGAUCGUAUGGCAGAUGCUGAGGCCAGCCAUCAGCGUCAAGUUCGGAAGGAAGAUGAUGUACGUCAACUACCUCCACGAGCUCCAGCAGUACCUGGAUCUGGAGAAACUGUGCAUCCCGCAUCCUGUGCUUGAAUACGAUAGACUGCUGCUUUCGAAGAACCCAAGAGCGUCAGAAGCUGCUAAGAUGCUGCGCGAACGGAUGAAGAAGCUUGCGGACCAGUUUGGCUCCAAGUCGACGCCGAAGGAAAGCCUGUCGCCGCCUAGCACCCAGCAGUUCGGCGUGUCUUUGCAGUUCAUCAAGGAGAACAACACUAACAUGGUGGAUGCUAUUCCUCCAGUGGUACGACAGUGCGUCGAGUUCUUGUCUCAGCCGGACGCGCUGGAGACCGAGGGUAUAUUCCGCCGUUCAGCCAACAUAUCAGUGAUAAAGGAGCUGCAGAGGUCUUGCAACCGCGGCGAGCCGAUAUCAUUCCGGAACGACCCUCAUAACGCUGCUGUGCUGCUCAAGACAUUCCUCAGGGAUCUGGAGGAGCCACUCAUGACGUUUGACCUGUACGACGAGAUUCUCAAGUUUCAGACCUGGUCUCUCCGGGACAAGCCCCGUCGGGUGAAGAUACUAAUUCUGGAGCGCUUGCCCCUGGAUAACUACAAACUUCUGAAGUUCAUCAUACAAUUUCUGUGGAAGGUGCAAGACAGGAGCUGCCUGAACAAGAUGACCAGCAGCAACUUGGCCGUCGUGUUCGGGCCCAACUUGGCUUGGCCACCCAACGGACAGAUGUCGCUGCAGGCCAUCGCACCCAUCAACGCGUUCACAGACUUCCUUCUGGAGAACCAAGAAUCAAUAUUCAUCAUCUAAAUUGAUUCAUCCGCCUCUCAAUCAUUCCGUAACCACAUGAAAUCUCAAUGGAUUUUCUUUUUAAGAACAUUUUAUUAUAUUUCUUUUUUUAAACUUUACUCACUCGUAUCAAUGUUGAACGAAUGAAUUUAAUUUUACCUGCCACUAUGAUUCUCGCCGAUGAAUUUUACAAUAUUAUUCAUUGUUAAUCAACGGCUAUUCUGAAAUUUUACAACGAAUAUUUUAAAAUUAUGUGGCUAGUUCUACAAAUCAAGGAAUUUUACCGUGCUUUGAUCGAUGAUUUUGAUUUCCAACGAAUAACAUGUUUAUGUUUAUGCAUUUCUUUUCCGUGUCAAACAUCAUCUUAAAUAAUUAUUAUCGCUUACAUUCAGCCUACUGCCGUCCAUUGAAUAAAUCACAAGUCACAAUCAAGGAAAUCGUAGUUAACACAAUAUAUUUCAGAACCAAAUCAACCAAGCAAUUACGUUAUCUAAAGUCAUUUUCAAACCGUGCUGAAGUAAUAGAAAACUAAAUGCUACCGCGAAGUAAAUUUUCUUAUGAUUACUGUAACAGUCCACUGUCCAAUAUAUUAUUUUGAUAACAGAACUAGCCUUUUGCUUAGAUUAAUAAAAUCUAAGGCCUUUUGUAAGAUCGUAUUCGGCACACUAUACGACUACUCGUUAUAUUUGUAUAAGACUACGUAGGUGUAUAAUAAACUUUUUGUACUUUCAUAUCAUCGACGUAAUAAUACAUAUGGAAGACCUAUUGCAGAUAUUAAAGAAAUAUACAAUAAAGAUCAAACAUUGAUUAAAUAGUACCAUGAUUCCUUAUUAUUCCCAUUGUUACAUAGAAUUCCCAUUGUAUGUUAAUUAUUUAUUGUUAAAACAUCAUUCCAUGCAACAAUAUGUAAUUUAAUUUACUCCAUUUUCCAAUAUUAAAAUAUCUGUUGUGACAGUAGACAUACUUAUUUCAAUGUUACAUACGAUAAGAAUCAGUAGUAUGUCUGUAUCUAUUUUUAUUUCGAUUAGUAAUUAUAUAAAAGUUGAAUCUUAAAAUAAACAUGUAAUAGAACGUUGAGAUUCUUUGAGUUAGUGUUUUCAACACUUGGGUUCUUAUUAUGAAUCGAAAUCUAAAUCUUGAUUCGUAUUUAUUUAAAUAUCGUUCAUAAUACGAACCUUAAAUACUUUAUAAUCAUAAAUGUUACUUUGUAUGAUUGGGUAUUUUAUUAGGGAUAGUAGAGAUUUAUACCAAAAAUAACAAACAUAGGGUAUAUAGAAUAGUAAUGUUUAAUUUUUAGUUUAAUGAUUAUUUUAUUCUUUUUACAAUAUUGUAGUUAAAGCCAUAUUUCAAAUGCAUUCAAAUGUUUGUCACGCGAUAAUUUGGCUUAUUCCCGCUCUCCUAUCAUAAAUUGACUGCUAUCAUUCCGUGUUUUUGUGAAUUUUCUUGAUACUGAUGCAAAAUUUGAAGGAUCUUCAUCUUUGGAAAAAAUGCUGAAAUUACCUUGUAAUGGGAUUAUUGGGAAUAACCGUUUUCGCAAGAUGAAUACAAGAUUAUACCCGCCGAUAGCGUUAUUGGUCCUUUAUGCAGAUGACAAAAGGUCGGUUACUCGUUCCCCUUCUGACCCAUUCAAUAGCAUGUGCGGCAGUCAAGUAUAGGGCCGUAAAGGUGCGGUGAUACAGUGUCUGUCUAUACACUUAUUUAUUAUACACCUUAAAUACCGUUACAAAUGACGAUAUUUAUUAACUUCUUCCCAGCCUUGAUUUAACUGUCAAGGACAAAAACUGUUAUUAAUCCUGUUUCUCAAGAAUCGAGUUGUUUUAGAGAUUUCUCUUAUGGAUGGACUACUAACUUGAAAUCUGCUAGUUAAUUUAAUGUCACCAAGUUGUUGGUUUGUAAUGGUUUGAAAUAUUUUCGUCUUCCUUCUCUUGACCUUAACAAAAUUAUUCAAUGUUUAUAGGUAAUUAUUCUUUAUACUACAUAUUGUGUACUUUAUCUAGGAAUAGAACAUUAAGGUCCCUCAUUAUUUGGAUAUCUAAUUGUUUUUGUAUAAAAUGAGAGCAUGCAUGGGAUUUUCAAUAAGUUAACUAAAUUUGUACGAAAUGAGAGUGCCAUUUAUUCAUUCUGAUACUUCCAAGGUCACAAUAAUAAUAAAUAAUUGUAAUAAAACAAUAAUUUUAUAGUUUAGGUAUAAAUCACAUAUUGUAAGAUGUUUUAAUAAUUGUCUAUAUUAAUCGAAUUAGUUUAAGCACUCGGUAAAUGGAAGCACAAUGGU